UUUCGGAUUAGUUCGGCGCGGAUCAGUGGCUCAAAGUUUACCUGUGGAGUGUGAUUCUCGCUGUGAAUGAUGAGUGGCUCUUGAAGAAAAAUUGUUCCAUCAUAACGCUAAACUCUUAGUGUCACGGACGUAUGAGAGUUCGAGGAUUCAUCACAACUUGAGACCUCGGAAGCAAUGAUAUUUCGCUCCAACUCAGGACUUCAUAAAUAAGUAACAAAAUCAGCGAAAAUGGGGUCGUGCAUGGAUUACAACAACUAUGACGGUCUAACCGACCUGUCAACGACCAAGCUUUGCGGUGCUGUUCAUGGAAGUCUUAUCCAAGAAUUCUUCGCUGGGAAGAGCGUUUUCAUCACUGGCGGAACUGGUUUCGUCGGGAAAGCUUUAGUAGAAAAACUCCUGCGAUCAUGCCCUAAGUUGGAUAAAAUAUACCUUUUAGUUCGACCAAAGAAGGGAGUUCAUCCCAAAGUAAGACUCACCGAACUGUUAAAGAACUCGGUGUUCGACCGAGUGCGAGCGGAGUGCCCGGCGUCGAUCUUCGAGAAGGUGAUCUGCAUCGAGGGCAACGUCACCGAGGCGGGCCUGGGAUUGGCCAUCGAAGACAAAGCCACGCUCAUCUCCAACGUCAACGUCGUCUUCCACUCGGCGGCCACCGUCAAGUUCAACGAGGCCCUCCCGUCCGCCGUCGAUCUCAACACCCGCGGGACCAAACGCGUUAUCGAGCUCUGCCACUCCAUAUACAAACUUGAGGCAUUGGUGCAUGUCUCGACGGCGUACUCAAACGCGGACAAGCGGGAGAUCCAGGAGGUGGUCUACUCGCCGCCGGGGAACCCGAACCAUGUGAUGGAGUGCUGCGAGAACAUGCCGCAGGAGAUGCUCGACUUGAUCGCUGAGAGGAUCCAGAAGAACCACCCCAACACCUACACCGUUACGAAAGCCAUGGCCGAAUGGCUCGUCGCCGAGCAGGCUAGAACUCUCCCCACCGCCAUAGUUCGUCCCAGCAUCGUGACUGCCGCUUGGCGGGAACCGAUGCCCGGCUGGGUAGACAACAUUUCCGGCAUCACAGGCAUCAUGAUGGAGAUCGGCAGGGGCACAAUUCGAAGUAUAAUCUGCGACCAAAAACUCGUCGUUGACAUCAUUCCCGUGGAUUUCGUCGUCAACACCCUUAUCGCCGUCGCCUGGCACACCGCUAAAAAUAGGAGAGUGACGGAUCGACCGGCCGUCUACAACUGCACUUCCGGGACCAUCAACCCGAUCAAAUGGGAGGAGCUGGGAGUUAUGACCCAGCGCCAUGCUCUGAUGGUACCCUCUCGGUACAUACAAUGGUACCCAGGCUUCAGUUUCCGUACCAACAGACUCAUCCAUUGGAUCUACGAGGCCGCUUUCCACUUCCUGCCCGCCGUUAUCGUUGACGUCAUACUUCGACUCCAAGGCUCGAAACCUAUAAUGCUGAAAAUAUUCAAGAAAUUUAAAAUGGCUGCGAAGACUGGAGAGUUUUUUGCGCUGAAUGAAUUCAAUUUCGAUAACAGAAACUUGGGUCAACUGAUCAAAGAAAUAGCCUCAUCGUCGGAUCAGCCGAACUUUGAGGUGGACGUAGCGAAAAUAGGAUGGGAUUCUUACGUUAAACAGUACAUGCUCGGAAUAAGGAAAUUCGUGCUCAAGGAUCCGCCAGAGACCAUCCCUGGCGCCAGAAGAAAACUGUACAGGUUAUACUGGUUCCACCGUUUAGUCCAGGUUCUGAUUCCGGCUGGAAUACUCUUGAAUUUGAGAUUUACUGGCUGAUGAAUGCCUCCCCGAGGCCAGCCUGGACGCAAAAUCUCUGUGUGUUUCAGAUAUUAUCAAAUUUCCAGCAUUUUGAUGAACAAACUCAGUUCAAAAAUAAAGGAAAAAAGUACCAACUAUGUUUUUCAAACAUCAAAAUAAUCUGCUAUGUACAAAAUUGCAAGGAGCUUGAUUAGUCUCGCUUGAUCAUUCCUAUUUUUAAAUUUACCAAAUAAUUUAGUUGUAUUAUGAAAGAGCAAUACCCAGAAAGAACAAUUGCUCUGUACAAGAAUUACCUUAAGAGACAAGUGGCCUUACAUACUUAUCCUUAUUUGCUUGUUCAGUUUUCCUAGUUUAAUUUUAAGAUGUAAACAUGAGACUCUAUCCAAUUCUGGUCGAUUUGAGUUUUAGGACUUAGAAAUAAUGGCAGAACCUUUGUGAAUCUGCAAUAAAUACAUGUGUCCUUGUCCUUACACCAUGUAAACACGCCUUUAUGCAUACAAUAUGAGAGCUUUUGGGUUAUUCCCAUUAUUUGAUACAAAUUAUUGGAAUUAUUUUUACAAAAUAUGUAUGCUCCCUCAGCAUGCAAUUUUUCAGCUAUCUAUUGAAUCUAUUUAUUUGUUAUUACUGUAGCCCUUAACAGGUGCCUCACAGAUUGUGACAAUAUAUUUGCCAUUCCUGAAUUAAAUAAAAUGUUUUAAUGAC